GAUGUGGUGGUUCCACAUACCAAUUGGGAAGUUGUCUCGUUUGAUCAGAAACCAUUGUAUCCCAAAUUCUCUUGGACGGUCAACAAAUUCUCUAAGUUGAAAGUGAAUACCUACGAAUCAAAGAAGUUUUUAAUGGGAGGAAAGAAUUGGGUGAUAAUGUUGUAUCCCAAGGGCAAAACAAAUUGCAAAUUCUUAUCCCUCUAUCUGAAAGCUGAUGAUAAAACAAUAAAGGAAGAAGUUUAUGCGCAAGUGGAUAUGCGAAUUGUCGACCCAUUUGGAUGCAAUCACGUUACUAGGACAAGUAAAUGUUGGUAUCAGAAUUCUUCCACUUAUAGUUGGGGUUGGCCUGAAUUUGUGUCUUUAGCUAAACUCCGGGAGGCUUAUUUGAACAAAGAAGGCUCUUUGAAAGUAGAAGUCGAAUUUAAAGUUGUUUCUGCCACCAAAUACUUUUCCUGAAG